AUGAGUAGUGGAACAGCCAUCACUAUGAUUGAAUCAGUGAAAAACAAACUGAACAAAUAUAUUCAAUCAAAAGAUAAUGAUAAAGUUAAAGAGUACCUUCAAAAGUUACAUCAUACUUCAAUGACUCCGGCAUUACUUCGCGAAACGAAGAUUGAUGUGCUCGUCAAGCAACUUGUAUCGGAUACAAAAACUUCAUAUUACACAACGGCCAAGGGUCUUUUAGAUAAAUGGCAUAAUGGAAACAACAAAACUUCGAAAUCAAACAAUUCCACCAAAGUUAAGACGAUUACAAACACGACAAAAGUUGCUUUAGAAAAGAAAUCUUCCCUGAAACGAAAGUGUUCCGAUGAGGAUGAUUAUGAUAAACCUCGUUCGAGCUCGUUAAGUGAAUCUCAUUCAUCUGAUGAUGGAAAACCAAAUACUCGUGAUCAAUCAUCACCGAUUAAAAAGCGGAAAGUUCUUUCCUUAGCUGAAUAUACGGCAAGUAAAAAGCCCGUCUCAGCAGCUGUAAAUCGUGCUCAAGAUAUAUUCACCGAUACGCAAAUUCAAGAAAUCUAUGCGAAAUUCGAUGCUAAUGGUAUUAAAUUAGCAGCAAAUGCGCCGAAACUUCCAAAUGAUACAAUUACCAAUAAUACUCAAAAUACAACAAAACAAAAUGAUAUUUGGGCGGAAGAUGAUGAUGACGAUGAUGAUGAUGCUGAGAAAAAUAAAAAGCCACCUUUGCCUGUGCUAAACAAAGCAACAGUGGAUAAAAAAAGUCAACAAGUGAAGAAACCAACAUCAUCGACAGUUGCAACAGUAACAAAGAAAGAGGAACGUGCUACGAUUGCAGCAAUCGCAUCAAGCAUUGCCUCUCUCGAUCAUUCUCAACCAAUAUCCCGUCCACCGCAACCUCAACUCUCAGCAGCUAAUGGAAAAAAAUCAGAAAGUUUUAAUUUUCUUCGUCCAAGACAAGGACGUCAAGCGAUCUAUUCCGGUAAACGUGCGUGUCGUACUAGUAUCCCAUCACUUCAAGAUCUCUGCGUCGAUGUUCUCAAAGAUAAUAUCGAAGACUCUUCUCGCUGGCAUUUCAACCGACUUCCAUAUGAAAUAGUCAAACCAAUACUCGACGUUGCUACACCUGAUCAAUUGUAUCGCAUCAUUGAUAAUAAUCCUGAUUAUUAUGAUGAUGUACAACCGUUAUGGCAAAAAUUUUGUUCGAUACAUUAUAAGGACGCUGAGUUAGACGAAAAUGAAACUUAUUUUGAACUCUAUUGGCGUAAAUUUCAGGAAAAUGAAGCACGUUUACAAAAAAUAACAGAACUCGCUAAAAAGAAAAAGGCACAAACAACUGAUAUAGGUCGCCAAACAAAGUCACUUCCCACAGCUCCGACGGUGAACCGUCACACAACCACUGGUACUGUGAAGAAAACCUUUAGACCAGUUGUCGGUCUUCCACCAACGAAACUCGGCCGGGGUCAAGCAAAACCUAAAAAACCAGUCGUACCACCAUUACUGAGAAAAACUCUGAAAUCUUAUACUGGAAAGAAUUAA